AUGAAUGUCAAUAGUAUGACAUCAUUCAAUGGAACAUCGUCAAAAAAUAUUCAUUUAGAAGCAUCUCAUUCGAGUAAUAAAACUCAUAGUAAUCGAUCACGUCUUAAACCAUUGACAAAUGUUAAUAGAACGAAGACAAAACCUCAUAGAGUUACUAAUCAAGAUUUAUUGAAUCCAUGCAGGAGUCCAUAUGUGAAAACUAAUGGGACAACUUGUGGUCUUAAAGAAAUAAUGAUUGGUCGUUGUCAAGAAUAUCAAUAUGUUAAACGUGGUCUUUUUCUAACAAAUCAACCUUACAUUAAAAACUGUACGCAACUUUAUGAAGCAUUUGAAUCAGCAGUUCGAUACAAGUCAUAUUGUAAUAUGAAUAUGAGUACAUAUGAACGCUAUUUUGAUCUAGCACUCGAUGGUGUACAUGUCAUCAAUCGAGCAAUGUUCUGGAGUGGCACCUAUACUAUUGCUCAUGCCUAUGGUGCCAAUGGUCGCAAUUAUGUAACUUUAGAAGAUACGCUGGCAGCCGCUAUGGUUGAUGGCCUUAUAUGGUGUGGAAAAGAAAAUGAUACAGAAGGUUUUGAUUUUUUUAGUUGUCCAUAUAUUUGUAAAGAUAAUAAAUGGGCUGAUUUUGCUUUUUGGGGAUUGGCAUCGAAAACGUUUGCACAGUUAGCAUCCGGUGAAAUUUAUGUUAUUUUAAAUGGAAGCCAAGCAAAUCACAGAUCAGCAUUUCGUAAUAAUUCUUAUUUUGCUUCUUUCGAACUUCCAAAUUUACGACAAAAUGGUACAUAUCGUGUUACAAAAGUCAAUGUUCUUGUUUUACAUUCACCCGAUGGAACAGUUGUAGAAAGAUGUGGUGAAAAAAGUCUUUUCGAUUUAGAAGAAUUAGUUCGAAGCCAAGGAUUUGAUUAUGCAUGCGAAGAUGAUCCAGAAGAAUUAAUUUUAAUCAUGUGUAGUAACAAAUGGGAAGCACGUGAAUGUCAAAUAGCUCGACAAGCUUUACGACAAACAUGGGAUAUAAAAUUAUAUGGAAAAUCCAAUAGCAAUCGAAAUUCAUUAUCUUUAAUCGUCUUUUCGUGUCUUUUCUUUAUUCAAUAUUAUAGUUUAAAAAUAAUUUCAGGUUCAAUGUAA